CAAUCAGUUUUGCCACAACUCUCCACGCGGCCGGUCUCGUGAAACAAAUUGAUAAAUAACCCACUAAAAGUACCUACAUCGUACCUAUAAAAUCCGUGGGACAACAUUCACUAUAAUAAGUUUAGUAGUGGGGUACCAGACCGGUUGGCAGUUCGCUUCGCCCCUCGAACGUGGCGAACGAAAAUAUUCGCAAAAAAUCACAAUAAAAAGUCAGUACUUAGGUAUCUACCGAACCGGUACCGUAAGACAAAUAAAGUCUGUGUUUCUUUUAUUUUUUGGUGCUAAUCUACAUAAGUUGUUCAAAAUGGAAUGCUCAUCUUGUCUCGGUCAAGUUAAAGAAGUCAAAAUGAGAAAAGAACGCGAUACCAUGGGAGAGGUGGAGGUACCUGACGACAGACUGUACGGAUCCCAGACUGUGAGGUCAAUCAUGAACUUCCCUAUUGGAGGCAUUGAGGAACGAAUGCCGUACCCUGUCAUCAUCGCCUUUGGUAUCCUAAAGAAAGCUGCCGCCAAAGUGAACAUGGAGUAUGGUCUAGAGAAGAAACUUGCGGAAGCAAUUAUGCAGGCAUGUGAUGAUGUCAUAUCGGGCAAACUAUACAGGGAGGGCCACUUCCCUCUCGUCAUCUGGCAGACAGGAUCUGGCACCCAGUCCAACAUGAACACUAAUGAGGUAAUUGCCAACCGAGCGAUUCAGAUCUUGGGAGGCAAGUUGGGCACCAAGACCCCAGUGCAUCCCAAUGACCACGUGAACAAGUCCCAGAGCUCCAACGAUACCUACCCCACGGCUAUGCACAUUGCUGUGGCCAUGGAACUUAGGGACAGACUCAUGCCUGGCCUCGUAGCCCUCAAAAACACUAUGGAGGCAAAGUCUAAGGAUUUUGACAAGAUCAUCAAAAUUGGCAGGACGCAUUUGAUGGAUGCCGUUCCCUUGACCCUGGGCCAGGAGUUCAGCGGCUACGCCACGCAGCUAUCAUUCGGCAUCGAGCGCGUGUGCAGCACGCUGCCGCGCCUGCACUACCUGGCGAUUGGCGGCACUGCCGUCGGCACUGGCCUUAAUACACGUAUUGGAUUCGCAGAAAAAUGCGCCGCAGAAAUUGCCUCCAUCACAGGAAUUCCUUUCGAAACAGCGCCAAAUAAGUUCGAGGCCUUGGCCAGUCACGAUGCUAUGGUGGAAGUGUCAGGAGCGCUCAACACAAUUGCUUGUUCACUGAUGAAGAUCGCCAAUGACAUUCGUCUACUAGCAUCUGGACCUAGGUGUGGUUUGGGCGAGCUGAUGUUACCGGAGAAUGAACCUGGAUCAUCUAUUAUGCCUGGCAAGGUGAAUCCGACCCAGUGCGAGGCUCUCACGAUGGUGGCAGCGCAGGUGAUGGGCAACCACGUGGCCGUCACGGUCGGCGGCAGCAACGGACACUUCGAACUCAAUGUAUUCAAGACCAUGAUGGUCGCUAACGUGUUGAGAUCUAUUAGGCUUCUCGGUGAUGCCUGUCAAGCAUUCAACAAGAACUGUGCUGUCGGCAUCAAGGCGAAUACAGCGCAGAUCCAGAAAAUCAUGCACGAAUCACUCAUGUUGGUCACAGCGCUCAACCCACAUAUCGGUUACGAUAAGGCUGCACAAAUUGCGAAACAAGCUCAUAAAGAGGGUGGUAACCUAAAAGACACGGCUAUCAAGAUGGGUCUCUUAACUGCAGAACAGUUUGACCAAUGGGUGAAGCCAGAAGAAAUGCUUGGUCCUAAGUAAGCCAAUGAGGAUUGAGCGAAGAUAUGCGCUUAGGAUUUAAAAGUAUUUUUAUAAUGAUGUAUUUUAUUAUGGAGUGAACUUAAAUUCCAGUGUCAAAUGUUUUUUGUUAUGUGCAUAGUGUUGCCAAUUUUUAUAAUCAAUCAUGGUUAAUGUUUCAAAGCUUUUUGGUAGAUAUUAUUACUACCUUUACAGUUACCUACACUAUUUAUUUC